UCUCGCUGCUAGCAUCCAUGGCUGCUCGUCCCUCGUUUCUCCCUUUACAACUCCUGCUCGGCUGUCCCUCGAGCUCGACACUGCUGUCAUAGCAUUGACUAACGCGCUCCUCGUUGAUCCCUGAGCUCGUUCUCGUAGCUGUGCGAGCCUCUGAUUGAGCUAGCAGCUAACUUAGUUGUCCGGCUGUUACUGUCAUUCGGAACAGCGACGGCAUUCAUAUCUGCUGUGAAAUCCGAAAGCGUCUCAGGGAAACACUUUGUCGUGUUUCAAAUUCAGUAGAUACUUUCGACGGUCAUUACCGUUGCAUUUUCCCGCGUAUGCGCCGAAUGAGACAGUGAAGCCCUUUCCGCGCCAUGCCGAUGGGUGACAGCGGAGGAUUCGCUGCGCCGAUGGCGGUCACUCGCGCGCUGCCGACGUGGGUGGUGGAGGUGACGCGGCACCGCGAGCCGACCCGGGACGCGGUGCUGGCGGCCGUGGAGCACGCGGCUUCUGAGGCGGCGAGCAUUGUGCUCGUGCACGUCGUCACGGACGUUCCCUGCGGACGCAAUCGGUCGGUGGCGGCGAGCGAGGCGGACGGCAAGGAGGCGGCGGAGCACGCCAAGCGGCUCGUCGACAUUCUCGUCGAGCCGCUCCUCAAGAUCGCCCGCGCCGCCAAUGCGCCGUGUUCCGCGGUGCUGGAGCUCAACGACUCGCGCCACAGCGGCCUCGUCGUCGCCGCCAGGCGCGCUGCCGCGGACCGCGUCUACAUGGGCGCGAAGAAGAAGCUGCUGGGAUGGUCGUCGUCCGCCACGGUGGCGCAGUGUCAGGCCACCCUGCCGCCGUCGUGCCGCCUGCUCAUCGCGCAGGGCGGCUCCCGCCUGCAGCACCUGCAGGCUGCGGGGAAGGCCAGCUUCCCCCACCCCAUCCCCCCCCCUUUCUACACCGUUCCCCCCUCCACCGCCGCACCCACCGCCGCCCCACUUCCCGCCAACCCUUCCCCAUCCCCCCCCGCCGUGGCUGUGUCCGGCCCCGUCACCCCGCAGCAGCCGUCCCCCUCUCCGCCCAUGGGCGCGCGCCCCGCCAUUGUGCCGUCACUCUCGUCCGUCUCGCUCCCCCAUCAGACCUUCGACGCCUCCCUCGCCUCCCCCUCCGCGCUCUCCUACUCCCCCUCCGCACUCUCCUCCGCCUCCGCGCGCUUCCCCCCCUCCGCGCACGGCCAGGUGGAGGCCGCGCAGCAGCAGGUGGGGGCGGGCAGAGAGGCGCCGGGGAACGCGGAAGAAGGCAGGCGGGGCGGAGGCGGGGCGGCGCAUGCUCGUGGGCAGAGGUCAGUGUCGUGCGGGGGAGGGGCGGACGCGGACUCUGCGCUGCUGGCGCAGCAGCUGCAGGAGCUGAACGCGCAGGCGGGGGGGGCGGGCGGGGCGAGCCGGGAGGAGCUGGAGCGGCAGCUGCAGGCGGUGGUGGCGCUGCAGCAGCGCAUCCAGCAGCAGCUGCGCGACAGCCCGCUCGCCCUCGCCUCGUCCUCCGCCAGCAGCGCCACGCUCGGGGCGUCGCCAUCCAGCCAGGGCUCCGUGCAAAGCGCAGUGGGCGCGGGCGCGCGCCUGGCCAUGAGCAUGAGUCUGUCGCAGGACGGCGGCCCCCCUGUGUCGCCGGGGUCGAUGUCGCAGGGCCACGCCACGUCGCCCCUGGGCCCCACAUUCAACCCCCCGCGCUCCCCUGCUGCUGCGGUGCGCCCACACGUGGCGGGCAGUGCGCUCACCCCCCCCCCGGCCCUGUCCCCCGAGCUCUGGGCUGCCUCCUCCCAGCAGCGCCUCUUUCCGCGCAUUCUGUCCGCGCCCAGCCCCUCCGCCGCUGCUGCCGCCGUGGCUGCUGCUGCCACAGGCGGGCAGGGCGGCGCGGAGAGCGGCCCCAGCAGCGCGGGCAGCUCGCCCGCAGUGUCGAUGGAGCGCCGCCUGCUGCCCCCUCGCCGCCCCUCCCUGGACGCACGCGCCCUCGCCGCUGCUGCCGUGCCCUCUGCUGCAGCUGCCGCACUGGCGGGCGCGGCAGGGGGGGCCCCGUCGCAGCGGUCGCCCAGCGGGGGGGCGCGGAGAGCGGGGGCAUACAUGCCGCGCGUGCGGAGCUACGAGACGCUGGUUGCGCUGAGGGAGGAGGAAGGGGAGGACGGGCACGGGGAAGCGGCGGACGCACAGGGGGAGGAGGAGGAGGGGUCGGAGGGCGGGCAGGGGCGGUCGCUGGCGGACGAGCUGGCGGCGCUGGCAGCAGAGGACGAGGGGGGCGAGGGAGGGGCGUCCAGCGAGAGCUGGAAGGGCAGAGCCGUGAGCAGCAACCGCGGGGCAGACAGCACCGGUGGCAGCAGCAGGGCCAACGACGCUGAGGCGGGCCAAGGACGGCCAUGUGAGGCACAGCCUCCCCCCAAUGCUUGCAUGCCCGAGUCCAUGGCGCUGGCCCCCUCAGGCCCGCUGUCUGGCGGGCUGCCCAAGUCCGGCAGCAUUCCCGGCUCGGGCGGGCUGCUCGCCCCCAGCAGCGCCGCCAGCACCGACGCCUUCCUGCCGCUCGACAGCUUCGAGUCCUCUGAAGCUUCCCAGAACCUUCAGUCUCAGCGCGACCCUGCACGGCAGUCUCGCUUCCACCACCUGUCGUCGCUGGCCCACGCGGGCCACUCCCAGGGCCCUCUGCUCGCGCCCUUCUCCCACGGUCCGCUGCACGCGCGCUCCCAGGGGGCCUCCUUCGGCCGCACCGCGUACAGCAGCGGGCAGCUGGGCGUGGGGGGUGGUGGGGGAGGGGGCGACGGGUUUGACUGCCGGCUCUUCUCCCCGCAGCAGCUGGAGCGCGCCACUGGUGGGUACGACGCGGCGAACCUUCUAGGAAGGGGGUCGUUCGGGCAGGUGUUCCGCGGCGAGAUGCUGGGGUGCGCGGUGGCGGUGAAGCGGCUGGAGGGGCAGGGGUGGCAGGGGCCCGAGGAGUUCCGCAUGGAGGUGGAGGUGCUCAGCCGCAUGCGCCACCCCAACAUUGUGCUGCUCAUGGGCUGCUGCGUCGAGGAAAUGGCGCUCGUCUACGAGUUCCUCCCGGGCGGCACACUGCAGGACAAGCUCGGCCCGCCCAAGGGGUCAGCGGCGGUGCCUCUGGGGUGGGCGGACCGGCUGCGCAUCGCAGCGGAGGUGGCGUCGGCGCUGCUGUACCUGCACCAGAACGAGCCGCCCAUUGUGCACCGCGACCUGAAGCCGGAGAACAUCCUGCUGGACGCGCACGUGGGCAGCAAGAUCGGCGACGUGGGGCUGGCGCGCCUGCUGGAGGCGGACGGGGCCACCACCAUGAAGGUGCGCGGCACGGCGGGGUACAUCGACCCCGAGGAGGUGGAGACGUGCGAGAUCAGCACGCUGUCCGACAUCUACGCCUUGGGGCUCAUCCUGCUGCAGCUGCUCACGGGGCAGAAGAGCGUCAAGGCCGUGCACCGCAUGCUGUCCGAGGCCAACAGCAAGGCCAGGGCGCGCCCGGGGGACGUGGGGCCCGGGGGGGCCAGCAAGGCGGCGGUGGCGGUGGUGAUGCGGUAUGUGGACACGGCGGGCGGCGAGUGGCGCAGCGACCUGGUGGAGCAGGUGGCGGGCGUGGCGCUCAGAUGCGCCGACAGGCGGCGGGCAAAGCGGCCAGAGCUGCAGGGCGAGAUCCACCCGUUGCUGGUGCGCAUGGCGGCAGAGGCGCAGGCCGAGGUGAAGCGCAGGAAGCAGCAGAUUGAUGAGCAGUUCAUAUGCCCCAUCUCCAAGAGCCCUGUGAUGACACCUGCUUUAACCACACUGAAGCUGCGCCACUCCCUGCACUCAUGCACACAUGCUCUGGCUCAUCCUUCCCUUUCUCCUUCCUUCUCUCUCUUCCUCCCCGCCCUCGUCACUCCUCCCUACAUUCCUUCCCUCUCUACUCCUCUUCCUCCAUUACGCCCUCCUCUCCCUUUCUCUGUUCUUCUUCCUCCUGCCUCUCCCUUCCCUUCUCUGCCUAAGCCAAGAGCAAGUGUGUGUGCGUGGGGGGGUGGACGGCAGGCGGGCGGAAAACUCGGCCAAACUGAGGGCUCUUGGCAGCCGAGGUGAUGCGCGAGCCGGUGGUGGCGGCGGACGGGUUCACGUACGAGCGCGAGCACAUGGAGCGCUGGAUGGCCGCCUGCACGCUCUCCCCCGCCACGGGGCAGCCCCUCGCGCACACCGCCCUCACGUCCAACAACGUGCUCAAGAACCUCAUCGCCUCGCAUCGCCUUUGAGUCGACUCAAAAGUACCGCCUCGUCGCCUCGCACCAAAACACAUGACCACCACACCGCCACACAUGGCCCCCACUGCCCGCUGCACAACGCAUGUGCUUCGGAUGGCAUGGCAUGGCAUGGCUUGGCAUAGCAGCACAACACACUGCUGCAGCUGUGCUCCGCUCUUCCCCCUGACCUUCUGUGGGUAUGGAUGGAGUCAAGAAGGUGCAUCUGCUAGGCACUCCUACUAUUUAUCCAUAUGGGGCUUACCGUCUGCCAACCAACUUGGGUGUUGUAAACACAACCACCGCCAGCAGCUCCCUAGAUAUCAGCCUUUUUACGCUGAUUCAGCCUUUUUUCAGGGGUUUCCGAUCAGGCCCCUAGAUUGGUUUUCAGGCAUGCUGAUCGCUCAGAAUCCCCCGAGUUUUUCCCUAAUUUUUCAGGGUAAGCCCAAAAAAACUCUCAUGAACGGGCCCCUGGACUGGAUGGGAUUUCAGUUACCUACCGUCUUUCAUGUGAGGGCAGUUCCCCUAGUUUUGAUUAUAUUA